ACACUUCCGAGCAUAACAGAAAAGAAACCAAAGAAAACGCGAUGGUUGACGUGGACUUUGGAACCUCGGGCUCGCCGAAGCGCCACAACCACAACGGCUUCAUCGUAACAAUCUCGGCGAUCUUGGCGCUGUUAAAAAAGCGCAAAGCAGCAGUGAAGGCGAGCAAAGAGGAUGAAUUGAAGAAGUCGUCGCGGCCGAAGAAGCUUCUCAGCAACAUAAGCAGCAAAGCGCUUUUCGGUCACAAGAAGAAUAAUAAGAAGCAGCUGCGAAGCGUGGAAGAGACACAACAAGCACAAGGGUGGGGAAACGGCGGCGUUUGGCAGAAGGAGAUUCUCAUGGGUGGCAAGUGUGAGCCGUUGAAUUUCUCCGGUGUUAUUUAUUACGAUGGGAAUGGGAAGCAGCUAAGCCAAAUCCCUCUCAGGUCGCCACGCGCCAGCCCCUUGCCCGGUUACCUCACGCGCCGCCAAUGAAUCAUCCAUCACCACCGCCACGAGCGAUUUCAGAUCACGCGCGUCUCUUAUUUUUGUUUUAAUUUUAGUUUUCUUGAAUUUAAUUUAAUUUCAAGCUUCUGUUUGUUUGGCUGGUUUUCUAGGUUGUUGCUUUCUUCGAUUUUAUUGUUUUUUUCAUCGGAUAAAUAUUAAUUAUUAGUAUUUAUAGUUUUUGUUAAUAAAAUAUUUUCGAAUUUCAAACUUCCAUCUUC